AUGGCUUCAAAGAUUAUUGCUGGUAAGCCGGAUGAUUCUGAGUAUGAAAUCAUUGAAGGUGAGUCCGAGAGCGCUUUAGCAGCGGGUACUAGCCCUUGGAUGAAUUCUGCAACGUUGAAGCUUCAGCAUCGGAUUGGAAGAGGUCCCUUUGGUGAUGUCUGGCUUGCUACUCAUCAUCAGUCAACCGAGGACUAUGAUGAGCAUCAUGAAGUGGCGAUCAAAAUGCUACAUCCUAUCAAGGAGGAUCAAAGAAGGGUUGUGGUAGACAAGUUUGAAGAUUUGUUUUCCAAGUGUCAAGGGACAGAGAAUGUGUGUCUGCUCCGAGGAGUCUCUAGUAUUAGUGGGAGGAUAUGCAUCAUCAUGAAGUUCUAUGAGGGCUGUAUUGGUGACAAGAUGGCUCGGCUUAAAGGAGGAAAGCUUUCACUGCCUGAUGUAUUGAGAUACGGAGUUGAUCUGGUUACAGGGAUCCUGGAGUUACAUUCAAAAGGGUUUCUAAUUCUCAAUCUUAAGCCCUCUAACUUUCUUCUCAGUGAUAACGACAAGGCCAUCGUCGGGGAUGUUGGAAUCCCUUAUCUCCUUCUUAGUAUCCCUUUGCCAAGUUCUGAUAUGACAGUGAGACUUGGAACUCCAAACUAUAUGGCUCCAGAACAGUGGCAACCGGAAGUCAGAGGUCCCAUGUCCUUUGAGACUGAUGCUUGGGGAUUUGGAUGCAGCAUUGUGGAAAUGUUGACUGGCGUACAACCUUGGUGUGGGAGAUCCAUUGAUGAAAUAUAUGACUUAGUGGUGAGAAAGCAAGAAAAGCUUAAUAUCCCCAAUGGCAUACCGCCUGCUCUCAAGAACCUACUUCGGGGUUGCUUUAUGUAUGAUCUUCGAAGCCGGCCUUCAAUGACUGACAUCUUACAUGUCUUCAAGAGCUUGCAGAAUUCAGAGGAGGAAGAGGUCUGGAGGGCCAUUGAUAGUAGAGAAAUCAGGAAGAGCUCGGCUACUCUUGGUUAUACAGAAUGGUUUCUAUCAAAGGAUCAUUUGCAAGUGGGCGACACGGUGCGUUCAAGAAAGCCUGCCAAUUCGUGUAAGCAUGAGAACAUGGAUGUGCCAGAAGGAAUGGUGGUUGGUUUGGAACGUGACACCGACCCAGAUGAAUUUGCACUGGUUAAAGUCCAUGGUAUUCAUGAUCCGCUAAGGGUUCACGUUUCUGUUCUUGAACGGGUAACUAAUGGCUUAGCUUCUGGGGAUUGGGUACGUCUGAAGGACGGGGAAGACAAGAGGCAUUCUCCGGUUGGUAUUCUCCAUUCAAUCACCCGCGGGGGAAAUGUAGCUGUUGCGUUUAUUGGGUUGCCAACUCUCUGGAAAGGGACUUCAUCACAGCUUCAGAUGGCAAAACCAUACAGUGUGGGUCAAUUUGUGAAGCUCAAAGCCAAUGUUGUCAUCCCAACAUUCAAAUGGAUGCGUAAAAGAAGAGGGAUUUGGGCAACUGGCAGGAUCUCUAGAGUUUUACCAAACGGUUGCCUUGAGGUUGAUUUCCCUGGAGUGUUACCUUUUGGAGAGGAACAAGGAAGUUGUCUUGCGGAUCCAGCUGAAGUAGAGAUUGUGAAUUUCAAUACAUGUGAAGGAGUUGUGAAAAAGUACCAGCAUCUGGAGGAUUUUCACUGGGCUGUGAGACCUUUGCUGAUUGCCAUGGGUCUAUUGACUGCAAUGAAGUUAGGGUUCUUCGUCGGGAAGAAAAUCGGAAAAUCAAAGGAUGGGAAACAACACGAUGGCUCGAGUGGGCAAGGUGAUUGCCAGAUUCUGGAUGGUCAGGACUCUGGCAAAUCUAAAUGGCUUGUGUUCAGUGUUUAA